GAAGUCAACAAUGCUGCCAGAUUGAUGGACGCUUCACACAUUUAUAAGGAAAUUAUGGAGCUCUUGGAGGAACCUGCUCCGCCGCCUUCAAAACGUUUAAAACGUCUGGAGCCAUCCAUACGCAUUAAAGCUAUUCUCUCCGAUGACUAUUCCAAGGAUAUACCCCUAGUGCCCGCCUACUCUUGCCAGCUGGAAAGUAAACAGCAAUUGCAGAUUGUAAUCAAAGAGCUCUCCCAGAAACUGCCUCAUUUCCAGCAUUUAAAACGAGUUAAUGACAGAAAUGUGCUUUUAUGUCCUACAUCCGAGAUAGAGGACACACUGGAGCAGCACCUGGAACGUCUUGCUUUCAGUGAGGAAGUUUUACAGGCUCUGCUACGACAAAUUCAAGUGGUGGAAGUGCCCUCCAUUGGCCCACGCUUGAGAACCCAAUAUGAGAAGAUGCUUAAGUACUGGCCUUGUAAAUUUCAUCCCGAUCACUACUAUGAAUCCCUGCAAAAUGGUAGCAAUUUCUCUGCUACUCAAAGAACUUUUCACAACCAAAUGGCUCAGUUGCUCGAGAAGCUAUCCACAGAGAUAAACUCCAAGCAGCCAGUAGGCAUUUGUGUGGAUCCUCGUGGUCCCAGUAUAGUAGCCAUAGCUGGUUCACAAAUGGACUCUAAAAAUCAUGAACAUUGUCCCAUGUCAUUGGUGGAUUUUGUGGCACGAAGUCAAAAGGGAGGAGCUCUAACUACGACUGAACAAUUUGUGGAAGAACCAGGUGAAAAAUUAAGUGGCAUACCCAAGAACUACUACGAGUACCUUAAAGGGAGUGACGCCUUUGUGCAUUUGCUAUGCGGAGCAGAGGUUAGCCGACAGAGUAGUGAUCCCAUUGCGGGUACUGAUAAUCUGUCAAAAUAUGGACCUUAUCUCUGUACUGGCUAUGAUGUCUAUUUGCUUCAGGAACCCUGCCUCAUGUGCUCCAUGGCCUUGGUGCACAGUCGUGCCAAGCGCAUCUUUUUUCUCCAGACAUCAGACAAUGGAGCACUUCUAACACGCUUCCAGUUGCAUACGGUAAAGGAGCUAAAUCAUCAUUAUGAAGUGUUUCAGUUUACCAGAGAACAGGACAUUAGUUGAUGACAAUGAAUAAUUUCUUUUUGUUUUUAAUAGUUUGUAGAUUAACAUUUUUUAGAGUAAACUUUCAAUGUCAAUUUUA